CCAUAACUGAGGAAAGAGGAAUGCUGGGAAGAUCUACUCAGCUCAGGUUUGGAGCAUGACGGGAAAGAGGGCGGAGACCAGGGCUGCGCACGCGUGGUUGUCCGGUUGUUGCGUUCUGAUGGAUCAGGGGAAAGAAUUCCAGUAAGAGAACAUAAUUCUCGCCCCGGCGCGGGGACCUUGGAGCCUAUCACUUCUCCCCCGACCAGUGCUCUCCAGGGAGCCUAACUAUCCAUUACCAAGAAGAAAUCUAUUUAGACUGGGGAAUUCCUUUACAUAAAAAAUUAGAAUGAAAGAACCUUUGGAUGGUGAAUGUGGCAAAGCAAUGGCACCACAGCAGGGGGUUCUGGACAAAAUUAAAGAAGAACCUGACAAUGCUCAAGAGUACGGACAUGCCCCAAAGCCAAAAACUGAAGAAAGUGAACUGAAAAUUAGUGCUGUGUUUUCAGUCAGUGAUAGUCCUCUUGCCCAGCAGUUGACCCCAGGCUUUCAGUUUCCUCUUGCAUCAUCUGGCCCAAAUAGAUUGCUUCCUUCAGUUCCAGCUGUAGCUUUGCAGGCUAUUUGUUCUGGUUGUAAAAAAAUGCUUUAUAAGGGGCAAACUGCAUAUCAUAAGACGGGAUCUGCUCAGCUCUUUUGCUCCACGCGGUGCAUCACCAGAUAUUCUUCACCUGUCUGCCUACCACCACCUCCCAAGAAAACCUGUACAAACUGCUCGAAAGACAUUUUAAAUCCAAAGGAUGUGAUCACAACCCAAUUUGAAAAUUCCUCUCCUAGCAAAGAUUUCUGCAGCCAAUCAUGCCUUUCGUCUUAUGAGCUAAAGAAAAAACCUGUUGUUACCAUAUAUACCAAUAGCAUUUCAACUAAGUGCAGUAUGUGUCAGAAGAAUGCUGAUAUUCGAUUUGAAGUUAAAUAUCAAAAUAUGGUACAUGGUCUUUGUAGUGAUGCUUGUUUUUCAAAAUUUCACUCUACCAACAACCUCACCAUGAACUGUUGUGAGAAUUGUGGGAGCUAUUGCUAUAGUAGCUCUGGUCCUUGCCAGUCCCAGAAAGUUUUUACUUCAACAAGUGUCACAGCGUAUAAGCAGAAUUCAGCCCAGACUCCUCCAUAUGCCUUGGGGAAAUCAUUGAGGCCCUCAGCGGAAAUGAUUGAGACUACGAAUGACUCAGGAAAAACAGAACUUUUCUGCUCUAUUAAUUGCUUAUCUGCUUAUAGAGUUAAGACAGUUAUUUCUUCAGGUGUCCAGGUUUCAUGUCAUAGUUGUAAAACAUCAGCAAUCCCUCAGUAUCAUCUAGCCAUGUCCAAUGGAACCAUAUACAGCUUUUGCAGCUCUAGUUGUGUGGUGGCUUUCCAGAAUGUAUUUAACAAGCCAAAAGGAACAAAUUCUUCAGCGGUACCCCUGUCUCAGGGCCAAGUAAGCCCGCCCUCCAAGUCAGCAGGAGGAGGUAACACCUCUGCCAUUUCCCCCAGCUCCAUCAGUAGCUCUGCUGAAGCCAGUCUUCAGUCUCUUGCUGCGCAGUCCCACCAAGUUGCUUCAACCCAUGCCAUUGUUAAACUCAAGUGUCAGAACUGUAACCAUCUGUUUGCCACAAAACCAGAACUACUUUUCUACAAGGGUAAAAUGUUUCUGUUUUGUGGCAAGACUUGCUCUGAUGACUAUAAAAAGAAAAAUAAAGUUAUAGCAAUGUGUGACUACUGUAAACUACAGAAAAUUAUAAAGGAGACUGUACGAUUUUCAGGGGUCGAUAAGCCAUUCUGUAGUGAAGUUUGCAAAUACCUGUCUGCCCGUGACUUUGGUGAACGAUGGGGAAACUACUGUAGGAUGUGCAGUUAUUGUUCACAGACAUCCCCUAAUUUGGUAGAAAAUCGAUUGGAGGGCAAGUUAGAAGAGUUUUGUUGUGAAGACUGCAUGUCCAAAUUUACAGUUCUGUUUUACCAGAUGGCCAAAUGUGAUGCUUGUAAACGACAGGGUAAGCUAAGUGAGUCCAUAAAAUGGCGAGGAAACAUCAAACAUUUCUGUAACCUAUUUUGUGUCUUGGAGUUUUGUCAUCAGCAAAUUACAAAUGACCCUGUUUCACAAAGAAAAGUAAAUAUUUCUAAGGCACCAACUGCUUCUGUGGCUCUCCCAUCUGUAAGGACAAAUACAACACCAGUUAUAACCAGUGUGGUGUCAUUGGCAAAAGUGUCUCCUGCCCAGCCUACAGAGAACACUAACAGUGUUUUAAAAGGUGCAGUAACUAAAGAGGCAGCAAAGAUCAUUGAAGAUGGAAGUGCACAGGCAGAUGCCACGAAACUUCUAUGUUCCCAGUCUUCCAGGCUUUUAAAGAACAAAGCAUUAUUGUGCAAGCCCGUCACACAGACCAAGGCCAUCUCUUGCAAGCCACAUACACAACACAAGGAAUGUCAGACAGAUUUACCUGUACCUAAUGAGAAAAGUGAUGUGGAACUUGAUUCUCCACCUGCAAAGAAAAAAAGAAUAGGUUUUUUCCAGACUUAUGAUGCAGAAUAUUUAAAAGUUGGUUUUAUUAUCUGUCCGGGAUCAAAAGAAAGUUCACCAAGGCCCCAGUGUGUCAUUUGUGGAGAAAUAUUAUCUGCUGAAAACAUGAAGCCAGCAGAUCUUUCUCAUCAUUUGAAGACAAAACAUUCAGAAUUAGAAAACAAACCAGUAGAUUUUUUUGAACAAAAAUCUCUUGAAAUGGAGUGUCAAAACAAUUCUUUUAAAAAGUGUUUACUAGUUGAAAAGUCACUUGUGAAAGCUUCUUAUUUAAUUGCUUUCCAAAUUGCUGCCAGCAAGAAGCCAUUCUCCACUGCUGAAGAAUUAAUUAAACCAUAUUUAGUAGAAAUGUGUUCAGAAGUUUUGGGUUCAAGUGCUGGAGACAAAAUGAAAACCAUUCCUCUUUCUAAUAAUACGAUUGGACACAGGAUUGAUGAACUGUCUGCAGACAUUGAAGAUCAGCUGAUUCAAAAAGUCAGAGAAUCAAAGUGGUUUGCCCUUCAGAUAGAUGAGUCUUCAGAAAUCUUAAAUAACACCCUUCUUUUGUGCUAUAUUCGUUUCAUUGAUUAUGAUUGUAGUGAUAUAAAAGAAGAAUUAUUAUGUUGUAUUGAAAUGCCUUCUCAACUAAAUGGUUUUGAAAUAUUUGAACUAAUAAAUAAAUAUAUUGAUAGUAAAUCUCUGAAUUGGAAACAUUGUGUUGGUCUCUGUACAGAUGGGGCUGCAAGCAUGACUGGCAGGUAUUCUUGUUUAAGGACAAAAAUUCAAGAAGUUGCCGUGAAUACAGUGGCAUUUACACAUUGUUUUAUUCACCGUGAACAUUUAGCAGCAGAAAAGUUGUCUCCAUGCUUACAUGAAAUUCUUUUGCAGUCAGCACAAAUUUUAAGUUUUAUAAAGAACAAUGCAUUGAAUUCACGUAUGUUACAAAUUUUGUGUGAAGAGAUGGGGUCUGAACAUGUGAAUUUACCACUUCAUGCUGAAGUACGUUGGAUAUCAAGAGGGAGAAUUUUAACACGAUUAUUUGAAUUACGACAUGAAAUUGAAAUUUUUUUAAAUCAAAAGCAUUCAGAUUUGGGCAAGUAUUUUCUUGAUGAGGAAUGGAUUGCAAAGCUGGCCUAUUUAUCAGAUAUUUUUUCACUUAUAAAUGAACUAAAUUUAAGUCUCCAAGGAACUAUGACUACGCUCUUCACUCUGUAUAAUAAAAUGGAUGUAUUUAAGGAAAAGUUAAAAAUGUGGUUGAAGCGCACACAAGAGAAUGAUUUUGACAUGUUCCCUUCGUUUUCCGAAUUCUCAAAUUCAUCAGGCUUAAAUAUGAGAAGCAUUGCAAGCAUUAUUUUUGAGCACCUGGAAGGACUUUCUCAACUGUUUAAUGACUGUUAUCCACAAGAAGAUUUGCGUUCAGGAAAUUUGUGGAUAAUUAAUCCUUUUAUGAAUCACCAAAAUAGUAAUCUCACGGACUUUGAAGAAGAAAAACUAGCUCAGUUAUCUUCAGAUUUAGGAUUACAAUCAGUUUUUAAAUCAAUGUCUAUAAUUCAGUUUUGGAUAAAUGCAAAGACAAGUUACCCAGAACUCCAUGAAAAGGCAAUGAAGUUUUUAUUGCCUUUUUCAACUAUUUAUUUAUGUGAUGUUACAUUUUCAGCUUUGACUGAGUCAAAACAAAGAAAUCUGUUGGUUUCUGGCCCUGCCCUAAGACUUGGAGUCACAUCUUUAAUUCCAAGGAUAGAAAAAUUAGUAAAGGAGAAAGAAUAGUAAAUGCAUAUUGCUUAAUAUCAAAUUCUAUAAGUUUGUGUUAAAUUUUGUAUGAGAUAAGUAUCCUAAAAUAUAAUUUCCUAAUGUGGAUAUGUGUUUUCGGUGAUUAAAUGUUUUAAUUUUCUCAUUUUGUUGAAGAAUUUAAUAAUUACAGAUGUAUACAUAAUUAUACUUUUAAUAGGUAGAGAAUUUAGCUAUUUUAUUGACUGAUCAAAUAAUUUGGAUUAGUGACAAAGAUGUAGGUAAUGAAAGGCUCAAUUUAUAAUGUAAUAGCAUACCUGAAACUUUAGCUUGGCCUUUAGAAGCAUGUGGGACAUUUUAGUCUUCAGCCUGCCUCCUACUCUAGCAGGUUGUAUGUAGGUAGACAACAUAUCUGAGCAACUUGGCUACUAGGAAAUGGAAGCAGCAGGAGAGCUUGAAACCCCUUUUGGGGGCCUCUCUGGUCCACUAGACCAGGGUUUGACAAGCCUUUGUUAUAAAGGGUCAGACAGUGAAUAUUUUAGGCUUUGCAGACCACAUACAUGACAACUAUAGUACUCAAUUCUGUGAUUGCAGCACAAAAGCAGCUGUAGACAAUACACAGACAAAUGUAUGGCUGUGUUUCAAUAAAACUUUAUGAACACUGAAA